GCCGAGGGGGAAAGUGGAGCUGAAGGGUAGAAAUUUACCGGGAAAUGAUUGCAUUUGGGAGCUGUCUUUUUUGUGAUGGUCCCCAUGGUGACAAUUUGUGACGGCAAAGAAUGUGGGAACGGGGCGCUGCCGCCUGAUUGGGAUGCUUUGUAUCUGGAGAGGCGCUCCUGAUUGGCCUGAGGGGCCCCCCAGCUCCGGGGACUUGUCCUCCAUUCAGCCCACUCGAGGGCGGCACAACUGCUUCCAUCCGGACGCGCGGAGCUCGCUGGCCGCACCGGGCCUGGCCCAGGUCUGCGGCGGGGAAACGGCUGGGCCACGUUGGCGGGCCGGGGGCCGCACCCUCGGUCAGUGUGGAGGCCCAGGCAGCCGAACCCGACUGGGUCAGCUCUGGGCCCUUCCCUGAAGCUGCCAGCUGCCAGCAGAACCACCCUCUUCAUGGAAAGCCCUGUGCAGUGGCCCCCUGGUGAUGGCAUCUGACAGUGACGUAAAGAUGCUGCUGAACUUUGUGAACCUGGCAUCCAGUGACAUCAAGGCGGCCCUGGACAAGUCUGCGCCCUGCCGCCGCUCCGUGGACCACCGCAAGUACCUGCAGAAGCAGCUCAAACGCUUCUCCCAGAAGUAUUCUCGGCUUCCACGGGGACUCCCCGGCCGAGGGGCCGAGCCUCACCUGAGAAGGGGGCCGGAAGACCGGUCCGGGAGACUAUCACUCGAGUCUGGCCCCGACGCCAGCCCUGGUGGGGGUGGGAGCUGCAAGGAGAAGGCUCUGGGGAACCCCUGCAGGGAGGAAUGUCUCUCUAAGGAGCAGACCCUACAGGGGCAGAAUCCAGAAGUUGCCAGGCCUGGCCAGGUGCCCAUGAGGAAAAGACAGCUGCCCGCUUCCUUCUGGGAAGAGCCGAGGCCCACCCACAGCUACCCUGUGGGGCUGGAGGGAGGACCGGGCCCCAGGGAGGGACUUCCCUAUGAGGGUAAAAAACACUGCAAGGGCUUGGAGCCUUUGGGGCCCGAGACGGCCCCAGUGCCUAUGUCCCCGAGGGCACCCAUUGAAAAGGAGCCACUCAAGAUGCCUGGGCUCUCCCUGGUGGGCCGUGUCAAUGCCUGGAGCUGCUGCCCCUUCCAGUACCAUGGACAGCCCGUCUACCCAGGCCCUCCAGGGGCUUUACCUCCGGGCCCCAUCCCCAGCCUGGGCCUGUGGCGGAAAAGCCCCGUUUCCCCGGGGGAGCUGGCCCACUUCUGCAAGGAGGUGGACAGCCUGGGCCAGAAAGUGUACAGACCUGUGGUUCUGAAGCCUAUUCCCACCAAGCCCACCGUGCUUCCACACGUCUUCAAUGUUUUUGGCUACCUCUAGCUGGGCUGAGCAGGACACGGGGGCCCCACCUCCAACCUGCAGGGCUCUUGGGAAGCCCUGGAGCUCUCCUUGUGGGGAGCGGGCUGGGUAGUGGUGGGGCCUCUUGAGAACCUUCCCUUUGUGUGUGUGUGGGAGGGGGAGGGCCAGAUUGGGGCAGGGGCUUCUCAGGCCGUUGCCUUGGGAGCUAUGGGGCUGGGCUCCGCAGUCCCCCCUUCCCCAGGCCGGAGCCCGACACAUCAUCCUGCCAUCCCUGUGCAGACCUCGGGCGGCGGGGUUUUGCCCUGGUUGCCAGCGAGCCCAGAAGCCCGAGUCAAACACCUAUUCACCUGCCACCCGCUGUA